UCGACUGUGCUGAGGCAUGUUUUAACAUAUUGAAUUUUAUUCAGACCUUCGGGGAAAUUUAUACAGUGAUAUAAAUUCCAUGAACAUAAAUUUUCAUAAAUAAUGUGAAUAUGUUAGCAUUUAGAAACUCUCUAGAGCAUGAAGAUAUAUUGCAGCAUUCUACCUAUUGAUAUUAUACAAGCAGCAUGAUUAGACUAAAAAAACAAUUUUCCUAUAAAUCAUUUUUUUCUGUUUUGAGAAAUGAAUUGAGUACAUCCAGUGUAAAGGAACCACGACCAUUUAAUGAAAUACCAGGACCAAAGCCGAUUCCUGUUCUUGGUACAUUAUGGAUGUACUGGCCUAUUAUAGGCAAAUAUCGAUGGUCUGCCCUUCAUCAUACUGGUAUGAAGAAGUAUAAAACAUGGGGUUCUUUAAUCCGUGAACCUGUUGCACCUGGUGUAACCUUACUGUGGGUUUAUGAGCCUGAUGAUAUUACUACUAUUUUGAGGGACGAAGGACAAAACUUUUUUCCUGAACGUAGAAGUCAUUUAGCUUUACAAAAGUUUCGUGAGGACCGUCCUCAUGUUUACAAUAGUGGUGGAUUACUUCCAACCAAUGGAGCAGAGUGGUGGAAACUACGCAGUGAGUUUCAGAAAGGUUUAAGUGCGCCACAUUGUGCUCGCCAAUUUUUUAAAUCUGCUGAUCAAAUUACUUCAGAAUUUUGUCAUCAUAUCAAUGAAAUAGCUUCAGAUUGCAAGGACUUUUUACCAGAGAUAUCCAGAUUAAACUUGGAAUUGGUAUGUUAUAUGGCCUUUGAUACUCGCAUGAACAGUUUUUCUAAAGAAGAAUUAGAUUCUCAUUCACGUAGUUCAAGGUUGAUAAAAGCUGCAGAAGAUACUAAUAGUUGUAUACUUGGAACUGACCAAGGCAUUGGUUUAUGGAAAUUUAUUCCCACAUUGAAAUAUAAGAAACUUGAAAGGGCUCAAAAAUAUAUGGAAAGAUGCUACAGCAGCUGAAUCAGGCUCUAAAUCCCUAUUAGAAAAUUAUAUAUAUAAUCCAAAACUUGAUUUUCGGGACAUUAUUGGAAUGGCUGCAGAUCUCUUAUUAGCAGGUGUUGAUACGACAUCUUAUGCUACUA